AUGAACCAAAAUUCAACACUUACGAAGAAAACACUCUGUGAAAUUCUUCGCGACAAAACGUUAAAUCUUGCAACACAGCACACGUACUGUUUGGCAGUAAUAGAAGAAAUUCAUGGGAGAGAAUUAGCGGAAUCACAGAAACCAAGUUUAAUUAAUAAAUUAAACAAGCUGAAGUCAAAGUCAAAAAUGUUUUGUAAUCAGUCAAAUUGGAAUAAUGCAUUAAGAGAUCAUGCAGAUUUCUAUGAAGAGGAAUUUGAAGUUGACUCACGAUACUUCAGCGAAUCUAGUGGAGGGAUUCUUUUUGAGGAAGAAUCUAUAUAUGAAGCAGAAAAUGUUACUGACACAGAUGAAGAUAUGGAUGAGAUUGAAUACAUCGUCCAUGACAUAGAGCCUUCAUCCAGCAAGGGCAUCAAGAGGAAAUCAUUUGAACAACUAACAAGCGAUAAGCAUCGACGUAGAAGAGUGGACGAAUUAGAUAUCAGUUUAAAAGAAGCAAAAGGAUCAUUGUUAUCAGUUCUUCACUUGGCACUUCGCCUUUCUAAAGAAGAAGGAAAAGUAGAAGGAGCUAAAAUGUUAAAAGAAUUUAUUAAGGCGUGCCAAAAAGGAGAGGAUCUUCCAGAAAAAACUACAUCAAAACCUAAACAACUAGAUAUACAUGUAGCUCUAGGUGUAAAAGCCUUUAACAAUUUAUCUCGAAAUCAGUACAACAAUAUUCGACAAGUCCUGAAACUGGAAUGCGAAAACGUUUUACCGACAGCUAAAAAAUUGUUGAGGUUAGAGAAACAAUGCUAUCCUGAUGACAUAACGGUCACCGAUACAAGAGCCGUUAUUCCACUAAAAAAUUUGACACAACUCACCACAAAAAGAGUUAUUGAAGCACACAAUUCAGAAAUAUACGACAAAAUCAAAAUAUUACCUUCAGAAUCAACUCCAAAAGUUAUUCAUGCAGAAAUGAUCGUCACAUGGGGGAUGGACGGAACAACAGGACAGUCACAGUAUAACCAAGGAAAAACAAAUUCAAGAAAUCAAGAACGAGAUAGAACACAACCGAAUCAAACGACUAAUAAUGAAAUUAUAGAAGACAAAUCACUAUUGACAGUUAGUAUGAGUGUUCAGCAACUACGACAUGAAGACGAAAACGGAAAUUAUAUCUGCUUAUGGGACAACGAAAACAGUCAAUCUGUAUACUCAGUACGACCAAUACAACUUGAACAUGCCAAAGAAACCAGAGUAAAUGUUAGAAGGAUAUAUGAAGAUAUAAAAAAUCAAAUAUCAAAACUUGAACCACAGAGAUUCAUAUGACAAGACCAUGAAUAUUCUGAAGAAGCAAACAACGAAUGAAUAA